AUGGCAGACGUCGCGGCAACAACACCUACGCACGCCGCGUCGGAUCCCAUGAUCGACGAGGGGGAGGAGGACGAGUCUAAGGAGAUCCUCCUCAUGAAAGAGCGGGUGGAGGAGAUGGAGCGCGAGGCGAACAAGCUCAGAGAACUCCAAGCUGCGGCGGAGAAGGCGGAGCGUAGUGCGUCCGAGGCAAACGAUACGAGCGUGCCAAUGGAGACGGAGGAGGAGAAGGCUGCGGCAGACAGCCGAAGUGUUUUCGUGGGAAACGUCGAUUAUUCCGCAACACCCGAGGAAAUCCAAGCGCAUUUCCAGGCAUGUGGCACGAUCAACCGAGUAACUAUCCUUUGCGACAAAUUCACCGGACAUCCGAAGGGCUACGCGUACGUCGAAUUUUCGGAGCCUGAACACGUUGACACAGCAUUGGCGAUGGACAACUCGCUGUUUCGCGGCCGCCUGAUCAAGGUUACCGCAAAGCGAACAAAUGUUCCGGGGUUUAACCGUGGCAGAGGGAGAGGCGGCUACCGUGGUGGCUACCGCGGUGGAUAUCGAGGUGGUUCGUAUGGGUACAGUCCCUAUCGGUCGCGUGGGAGGGGACGAGGACGUGGAUUUUGA